UCCAGCCCAUCAGUGCACGUUGAUGACACGGAACAGUUCGUGGUUCUAACUGUAGUAAAACAAAACAAUUCUUCUUAUUACCAUCUCACUCUGCUGGAUCACUGUAACGCGUACACGUUUCAUUUAUAUAUACAGUUUCAGAUUGUUGCAGUACGUUAAAUUAGAGUGGGUAUUUAAGUUGUUGUUGAAGUGUUGCUAAAUGAUCAAACAAUGUCAGUACCGGAUAUGUUCAGCAACAUCCAGGGUUUUCUAACUGCAGAUCAGGAUAUCAGAGAGGACAUAAAGAAAGUUGUCCAGGUGCUGGAACAGACAGCGAGGGAGAUCCUUACUGUUCUACAAACUGUCCAUCAGCCAUCCGGUUUAAAAGAUAUUCCUAGUAAAUGUCUGAGAGCCAGAGAACUGUUUAGCACAGUUCAGAUCCAUAUUGGUGAGCUGAAGAAAAAGUUUCCUGUGGAACAGUACUAUAGGUUUCAUGAGCUCUGGAGGUUUGUUCUGCAGCGCUUUACAUUUCUUGCUGCUUUCGUAGUAUAUUUGGAGAGUGAGUCAUUGGUGAAGCGUGAGGAGGUGGCAAAAAUACUUGGAGUUGAAGUUAGCAGAGUGAAUGGCUUCCACCUGGACCUUGAGGAUUAUCUAGCAGGAAUUCUUACUUUGGCCAGUGAACUGUCGAGACUGGCUGUGAACAGUGUGACGGCUGGAGACUAUGGACGCCCCCUUCGCAUCUCAAAUUUCAUCAAUGAACUUGAUUCCGGGUUCCGGCUACUCAAUUUAAAAAAUGACCCACUGCGCAAACGCUAUGACGGUCUUAAAUAUGAUGUAAAGAAGAUUGAGGAGGUUGUGUAUGACCUGUCAAUUCGUGGCCUUGUCAAGGAGCAAGAAGCUGAGGAAAGUAAGUAAAGGUGGCAGAGAAACAACAUUCCUGGCUGGGAUUCUUCUUGACUGUGAGAGUGGAGACUCAGUCGGACAGUGGGCAGGAACUUGGCUGAGAAGAUCAGCAGGUGGACAUGUUGUAGCCCUUGAAGCAUUAAAAAGUGGUGUGUAUUUUAAAGCCAUAUCUGCCCUGGUGAAAAGCAGUUUAAGCUCCUUAAAAUGGGGGAUGUUCAGUUUCUAUGCUGUUGAAAGAAUUUAUGUACAGUUUGCUUAUGUACAGUUUUUCUGUAUGCUUGGAUUUGCUGCUUUACUUUUGUUUUGUAUUAUUUUGUGUUAGUCAUCACACUUGUAAAGCAUUAUACAGUCUUGACACUGGACAUGAUUAAAAACAUGGUAAAGUGUUCAGAAAUAGCUCUUGUGUAAGAAUUAUUUUAAGUUUUAAGUUUAAUUUUUAAGUAUAUUAAACCACAAAAAAA